AUGGAGAUGGGUUUUUCGGAGCUGCCCAUCAGAGCUGAGAGAGAAGCAGAGAAGGAGAAAAGAAGAAAAUACGAAGACCAUUAUAAGGUUCUUGGUUUGCCGUCGGAUGAGGAAGGGUCUAAGCUCAUAGAGAAACAGAUUACAAAGGCUUACCACGCAAAGGCUUUGGUGUUGCACCUCGACAAGAGGCCUAAAAGUGAUCUCCAAGCCAACACCAACUUCCAGAGGCUGAAAAGAUCCUAUGAGGUUUUCAAGAAUGAAAGUUCUCGCAUAGUGUUCGACAAAAUGCAUAGAGAUCAAAGACAGAAAGAUGGGCGCCAUUUGGAGCGCGAUCCUAAGCAACAAAAGAUGGUUUCUGAUCUUGAAACAAGAGAACGAUCUGCGAAGUUUGAUUGGGAUGCUAAAAAGAGAGAGACUGGGGAAGUUGGAAAGAAGGUGAAUGGUGGUGUUGGGAUAAGCCUGAGGUUAGAAGAAGAGAAGGUGAUUAGAGUGUGUUGGGAAAAGUUUGGGGGUGAAGGUUAUACAGCAAAAAGGUUGAGAGACUUGUUGUCCAAGUUUGGUGGAGUUAAAGACCUCAUCCUUGGUUCAGUUGCACCGAAGAGGACGGUGGCUCUUACAGCAGAGAAGUCUGAUGAACCUGAUACAGUUAAUAAUUUGCUUGGGGUUGGCUUUCGAACAUUUGAAGAUGAUGUUUUAAAGAAGGUUGCAAAGGCUGGGCAGAAGUAA